AUGACAGCGCUCGAUGUUGUACAACCUAAUUCCUGGGACGCUAAUUCGGGUUUAUUUCUGAAUCCGUAUCCAUAUUCCUACUUUUACAGCUCAAACGUUAUGCCUUCGUUAUCUAAUCAAAACCUUAAACAAAAAACACUAAAGCAAACAGAGAAACCAAGUAAGAAAUUCCCUGAGCCAACUACAAAGCCACCAAGCACCAGUAAUAAGCUGACAAGCAAGUCUUCUAAUGGCCUGAAAAAUGACGGCCGUUUGAUAGCAGCUGUUCAAAAAGUCAAUCCUACGUUUGAGAUUGAAAAUAUUGUCCCAAUUCCAGGAACACCGUACUAUCAAAUUGCAUCUGUAGAAAAGUUUCCUUUGAAAAAAUCGAAGCCUAAAGCAAGCGAUAGCGAAUAUUUUGGAGAUAUCAAAGUAGAAGCUACUGGUAAGACAUCAGCUGGAAAUAGUGUGCCAGAUAUAUCAUUUGGCUCCUAUUUCCUUCCGUACAAUUCGAAUGUUCAGAGCUCUGACAGGAAAACAGCUUCUCUCAUAUUGCAACCAAGUUCGAAAGCUAUAGUUGGUAAUGGAGGAACAGCAAUAUCGGCACCAAUAUCAAGAGCUGUUUUAAAGAAAGGAGUACCAACGAAUGUAUUUUUCAAUCCUGAAUCAGUGGCUAUAGCUGGAGCUGGUGGACGGGCGCAUGCCCAGGCAGAUUUGAUAUUGGAUAUUAUUGAGUAA